UGUCAAAUCAAAUCAAAUUAUCAAAAUCUUGCUUCAUGGUGGACUUUCUAGUUUAUUUAAUAAUAUUUUUAACCAAAUAAAUCACAUUUACAGAGUGCAAUGUUAUUCAAGGGACACAUCAACGUUACAUAGCUUUAGCUUUAUAGGAAACAAAAAUAGUUUCACAUAGUCUCACUUCACUUAGUUUUAUUCGGUUUUUGUUACAAUUUUAAAGCCAAAAAAAUGGAUGAAACUCUGUUUCUUGUUUUGUUGUCGGUUGUUAUGUUAGUGGGAUCCUAUGUGGCUGGAAGUAUUCCUCUGAACGUGAACAUGUCUGAGGACAAGCUUCUCAAGGUUACAGUAUUUGGUGCUGGUCUCCUGGUUGGCACAGCAUUGGCAGUGAUCAUACCUGAAGGUGUGAGGUCCCUGUUCGAAGAGAGAACAGUGCUGGUCACGAAGGACUACACUCCUGAACCUAAAGGCAUAGAUGACUUGCAUUCAGUCAUCGGGAUAUCUUUAGUUUUGGGUUUUGUGUUCAUGCUAAUAGUGGACCAGAUGUCCUCCCGUUACAACGACACCGGCAACCCGACUGAAAAGAACAUCACAGCCACCGUGGGCUUGGUGGUGCAUGCCGCUGCGGACGGUAUCGCGCUUGGUGCUGCCGCGACCACAUCGCACGCGGACGUCGAAAUAAUAGUGUUCCUAGCAAUCAUGUUGCACAAAGCGCCUGCCGCCUUCGGGCUUGUCACAUUCCUGAUGCACGCCGGACUGGAAAGAAACCGGAUACGAAAGCAUCUGCUGAUCUUCUCAUGCGCCGCGCCGAUGCUCGCGCUGCUCACGUACUUCGGCAUCGGCAACGAAAGCAAACAGACGUUGAGCGACUUCAACGCUACUGGUAUUGCCAUGUUAUUUUCAGCGGGUACAUUUUUGUAUGUGGCAACAGUACACAUACUGCCCGAACUAACACACCCGCACUCUCACUCACACACACAUACACUGCUGCCGACACAAGAUGGCGUAUCCCCUAAGAAAGGUUUCGCCGGAUUACAAUUGUGUGAAGUUAUCAUUUUAACUGUCGGUGCUAUGCUACCCGUUCUAUUGACUAUGGGACAUGAACACUAGUAUUCCUUUUUUUAUGUGCAUUUUUCCUAUCAUAUUCAAUUUGAUGAGAUAUAAAUGAGCGAGCGUUUUGCUUUUUGGGGUUGAAAAUUGUGAAUGUUAUGCUCAAAUACUGAAAUAUCAAUCUAUAUCUCUCUUGAAGUUUUAUUAUGCCAAUUUUUCAUUGAGUGACGUUUGAUGGGAUGCGUCCACAUAUCCGCAUAUGUGGACGCCUGCAGUUACUAAUUACGUAUACUUUAAAGCCACGAUCAAAAUAAAGGAGGUUAAAAUGUGACGUUUGAAUCAUCGAGUACACAAAGGAGAUGGUCCAUUUCAGGUCCAAUCUUGUACCCCGUAUCAUUAAAAUUUAAAAAAAACAAAAAUAUUAUUAAAAUUUACAUAUGUGAAUAAAUUUAACUAAACAAUAAGAAAUCUACUGCGUUGUUAACGUCAUCAAUCCGCCAUUAAUACCCAUAUUAGUGUUGCAUUUCUUGGGAGAGAAUGAAUAUUAUUACGAAAGAAUUAAAGUAAAUUCGUAGAUAUGUGUAAUUGAAAGUAGUUAAAAAAUUUAUUUUAUUUUAUUACUGUUUAAAUGUUUAAUAAUGCAAUUAAAUAUUAUAAGGACGUUUCAGUAUUCGAGCAUUAUAUAGCGACGAAGCAACGCGAUGUUUGACAGCUAUAUAUUCCUAUAAAAGAGAUUCUGCACUCAUCAAUGGGACAUUUAGAUGAUAAAUUAAAAAUUAUAGCAAUAUAAAGAAUUUAUAUUUAUAAAAAUAUAAAAUAAUUUGAAUAAUUAUAUUUUUAAACGCAGCCUAUAUGCGUUUAUUUUUUAUUUAGUUUUGAUGGAUCUGCUAGAACAUUGGUAUUUUUUUAGUUACUUAUUAGAAAUUAAUAUUAUAGACAUAAUGUUUUUUUGAUUUUGUAGGGAUCUCUAGAUCUACUGAAUGACAUUCUUUAGAAAAUUUUUACAUAAUCUAGUUGCAUUGAUACUUUUGAUGACAAAUUUCAACAUGCAUAUUUUUAUUACAGAAAAUAUCUUUUACAAAUUUUAAGCGUUCUAUAUUUUUUAUAUGGCUACAACACGCUAUGAAGGUCUUUUUGACGUUUGUGACGCAAUACGAUCAAAUUCAAAUAGUGAUCAAGUUUUCACGACACUGAACGGAUAGCAUUUUAUUUUUAUAUAUAAAAUGUCAACCUUUUUUAAACGCGUAGGAAACGAAAUGUAUUUGAAAAGAAAAUUUGCUACUCUUAACCUGAAUGCAGACAAAAGAUUUUAUUAGACUUUUUAUAUUUUUAGACAAUCUUCCAAACCAUACUAAAGAUGUGUACCUACUGUUUUUCCAGUUCUCUAAAUCGAAGGUUUAUUGGUGUGAACGAAAUUUCGAAAGGUAGGUUUUUAUUGUGAUUUUGUAUUUGCGAUACAGUACAUUGCCAAUUAAAAAUACUGAACUUACAUAGAUGGUCAAAAUAAAAAUAAAUAACUGUAUAUGGUUUUUAUUGUGCCUUGUGCAUUGUGUGUGUAUAUAUGUAAAAGUAUAUACACAUGAACUAUUUCAUUUACAUUAUAUUCUGUCAUAAUGGCCUUCAUACGCAGCGUGUUGUGUAGAUAGUUAUAUAAUUCUUUGUUGAUUUGCAGACCUUAUUUUUGUUCCAUAAAAUGUAUAUAAACAAAUACAUUAUGUAAAUUACAAUUUAUGAUUAUGUGUUGUGUAUGUGCGAUGUAUAUUUUAUAAUGUAAUCUGCAUAAUAAAGUGUUAUGUGUAUAUAAUGGACGUAGCAAUAAAUUCUUGGAAAGUGAUAGCACAACUUGUGUUAAGGCGAUGCCCCAUUAGUGCGUUGCAUUCCAUUGUGACGUCGCAACGUCAAUGCUACAUCGUUUUCCAUAUAUGUACUUUAAAUGACAUGCAACAUUAAAGUGGUGCGUCGUCGGAGCGACGUUUCAAGUGUUCCACUUGUUUCGAUACAUUGUUAAGACUGCUUCGUACCAUUGCGCUAAUGAGGUAUCUCCCUUAUUAGAUUUAAGUACCUUUAAGUGCGUAUUCACUCUGACUAACGGUCGCGGUGGCGGACACGGUCUCGAAAUAUCUAAAGGGUCGCACGACCCACUGCUUAGUAUUAAUUUAUAUGGGGCACU